CCUUCCCUCUUCCGAGAGAAGAAAACGCAAGUAAAGCAAGCAAAGAGAGAAAACAGUUGAAUCUCUUCUCUCUUUCUAAUCUGUUCUUUGUAUUGUCUUCUCUUCUUUAAUCUUCUUCGGCGCCGCCGCAGCCGGAACCGUAGCUGAAGAAUGGGUUCCAUUGCGCCACCCGAGGAGAUAAUUUUCCGGUCGAAGCUGCCGGACAUCGAGAUCACCAACGACAGCCCCCUCCAUAGCUAUUGCUUUGAGCGCCUUGCCGAGUUCGCCAACCGGCCUUGCGUCGUUGACGGCGUCACCGGGAAGGUGCUCACCUACGCAGAGGUAGACGCCGCCGCACGCCGCUUUGCCGCCGGGCUCCACGGGGUCGGUAUCGGCCGGGGCGACGUGUUCAUGAUCCUCCUCCUCAACUCCCCCGAGUUCGUGGUGGCCUUCCUCGCCGCCUCUCACCGAGGGGCCAUCGCCACCACCGCCAACCCCGCAUACACCCCCGGCGAGAUCCACAAGCAGGCGUCCGGCUGCAGCGCCCGCCUCAUCAUUACCGAGUCGUGCCACGUCGAGAAGAUCCGGGAGUUCGCCGCGGAGCGCGGCGUCACCAUCGUCACCGUCGACGAUGGCCCCGUUGAGGGUUGCCACCGCUUCGCAGACCUCCUGGCCACGGACGCAGGCGCAGUUCCGGCGGUCGAGAUCGAUCAGGACGACGUGGUGGCGCUGCCCUACUCGUCGGGCACGACCGGGCUGCCCAAGGGCGUGAUGCUGACGCACCGGAACCUGAUCACGAGCGUAGCGCAGCAAGUGGACGGUGCCAACCCCAACCUCUAUUUCCACAAGGACGACGUGCUGCUGUGCGUGCUGCCGCUGUUCCACAUCUACUCUCUCAACUCGGUGCUCCUGUGCGGGCUGCGCGUCGGGGCGUCUGUCCUGAUUAUGCGGCGUUUCGAGGUGGUGCCGCUGAUGGAGCUGGUGCAGCGAUACAAGGUGACGAUCGCGCCCUUCGUGCCGCCCAUCGUGCUGAAGUUCGUGAAGAGCCCGCUGGUGGACAGCUACGACCUGUCGUCGAUCCGCAUGGUGAUGUCCGGUGCGGCGCCCAUGGGGAAGGAGCUCGAGGACAAGUUCAUGGCCAACCUUCCCAACGCCCGGCUGGGCCAAGGGUACGGGAUGACGGAGGCGGGGCCGGUGAUAUCGAUGUGCCUGGCGUUCGCAAAGGAGCCGUGCGAGGUGAAGUCAGGCGCGUGCGGCACCGUGGUGAGGAACUCGGAGAUGAAGGUCAUUGACCCCGACACGGGCGCGUCGCUCGGCCGCAACCAGCACGGCGAGAUCUGCAUCAGGGGAGCCCAAAUCAUGAAAGGUUAUAUUAAUGAUCCAGAGGCGACGAACAACACCAUAGACCAGGAAGGCUGGCUGCACACAGGAGACAUCGGAUACGUGGACGACGACGACGAGGUCUUCAUCGUCGACAGGCUCAAGGAGCUCAUCAAGUCCAAGGGCUUCCAAGUUGCGCCAGCCGAGCUCGAAGCACUCCUGAUCGCCCACCCCAGCAUUGCGGACGCUGCUGUCGUCCCGAUGAAGGAUGAAGCAGCUGGGGAAGUUCCUGUUGCUUUUGUGGUGCGGUCGAACGGGUCCGAGAUCAGCGAGGAUGAGAUCAAGCAGCACGUCUCAAAGCAGGUGGUCUUCUACAAGAGGAUCAACAAAGUCUUCUUUACAGAGGCGAUUCCCAAGGCGCCCUCCGGCAAGAUCUUGAGGAAGGAUCUACGAGCAAAACUAGCUGCUCGAUUUCUCGAUUGAGGACAGUUCUACUGUUUCGGACAGCUCUCCAUUGUGUUCUCAUCCAACCGCAAGUUGCAUUUCAUUCGUUCUAAAAUUGCGAGGUGGAGUUGGUAAUUGAUGUUAAUAAAUGCAAAAGACAUGUGCGUUACAGAUAAGUUUUCAUCUCUGUUGUGUGAGAUCGAACUCUACAUGCACGUAAAGUUUAGACAACCAUCUCGUCGGAAGCAGAGUGGCUUGAUAUGGAGCAGAGGAUGGGUAAGAGCAGAAAAGGACGAUGGGAAUUGACGUUGACCGACCAUGCUACGACCAGAGGAAAUGGAGAGACGAAGGUGUGGACAGUGCAAGAGAGGACGACCGGCACGCGUGUCAAGCAGCGAGAAAGGCAAAGCAAGUAACGCUACCGAGGCCCCCGCGUAUCGCACCGCAAGUCCCAUAGUCCCACAUCGAAAAAAUUAGAGUUGCUGUCUCGUAUUGGAACUAUAAAUAAGGUCCCACAUCGGAAAAAUUAGACUUGUUGUCUCAUAUUGGAACUAUAAAUAAGGGCCUGGGCUUUGAAGUCAGUUGCACCAUAAGAAAAUCUAAGUGUUUACUUUGGUUUAAGUUCA